CUCUCCCAGCUAGAUCUGAAUGAUGAGGAUGACCUCAAGUCCGUGGCGGUCCACCCGACGGCUGACCAGUCCAAACAGGUUGAACCGGUGGCGUCUGAGGACAUGCGCCCCGAUGACCAACAGGUCAAAGACACCACAGUGGCGACAACACGAAAGGUCAAAUCCAUGUAGUUUUCUUUGCUUUAAAAAUAUUUAGUUUGUCCAUACUACUGAGCCAUCAUAGGGAUUUGGGAGUCACCACGAAGCUGAACAAUUCCAAUUUUCUAUUUAUCGCCAGUUAUCUAUUCAUCACCAAUUAAUCACCAAUUAUUCUUAUUUUGUUUACUCCUGGUCGAUUCUUUAUUCAUCAUAUAUUCUCCAUUCCUUUCGUUUCAGAAUUUAAUUGCCAAAGACACCAUUCCGACGCCGAAUCCAGCCUCCAAAUAUGACGACCAAUCCAUUCAGGUAACAUUGCGGUUUGCACAGUUAACCCCAGAAUACCCAUCCAAUGGCAACUUUCCUUAACUGUUUCAAAACACAUUGGUUUCUAAACGGACCCCAGAAUUCCCAUCCAAUGACAACUUUCUUUAACUGUUUCAAAACACAUUGGUUUCUACAGCUGACCCCAGAAUUCCCAUUCAGUGACAACUUUCUUCAACUGUUUCAAAACUCCAAUGCAGUUUGUUUUUGUUUUGUCUGCCCUAGAUUAAUAUUUUGUACGUGUUUACCUCCAAUAAAGACAUUACAAGGCCUUUUACCCCUGUCUGUCUGGUCUAAUCUGUCUGGUCUGUUAUGUUUUGUCUGGUCUGUCUGUCUUGUCUGGUCAGUCUUGUCUAGUCAGUCUUGUCUGGUCAGUCUUGUCUGGUCUGUCUUGUCUGGUCCACCUUGUCUGGUCCGUCUUGUCUAGUCUCUCUUGUCAGGUCUGUCUUGUCUGGUCUGUCUUGUCUGGUCUGUGUUGUCUGGUCUGUGUUGUCUGGUCUGUCUUGUCUGGUCUGUCUUGUCUGGUCUGUCUAGUCUGGUCUGUCUUGUCGUUUACACUCGUCAAAACUAAAUGAGAUCAAGUAUCCUAAAAGAGGUCAUCACUGAUCAUAUCUAUUCAAAAUUUAUUUGAUAACUGUAUAUUAGUUGGACUAUCUUACUGUCAUGUGUAAGUUGAUUGACUGCAGAAAGAAACUAACGUAGACACUGUUGGCGUGUUCAUUCAUCACGGAAUAUAUAACACAUGUUUUUGUAGACAGUGUCCAUAUCGCUCACGUACAUUUUCAGACAUAUCACUGAACAAUGGUUGCUGCAGGCUCCUGCAAAAGGAGAAUAUUUCCUCGCAUAAUGCAGUUCUUAGCGGAUUUUUUCAGUCGAAAACACUGUCUUUUAUCAUUCCCCCCCAAGAAUUCAGGUGACGUAAUAUCAGAGGAGUGAGACGGAUAUGGGAAGUCCGUACCACGUGAAAUGAUACGUCCAGGAAACUAGUUCUGCAGCAGGGCAAACGAUUAUGUAUGUGUAAGUUGAUUGACUGUAGAAAGAAACUAACGUAGACACUGUUGUAUGGCUGGUGGCCCCGUCCUGUUGAUACCACUGUCUAUUCAUGUGAAGGUUCCUUGCAGGACAGAACCUUCUCAAAUUCCCCAGAAGAUUUUCGAUCACCAUGCCCCUGUAGCGUUCUUGUGUGACGGUGAUAGCAUUGACUUCUUUAUCCACGACAUGCCGUGUACUGAAACGUCACACCACAACGUCACAUGGGCACUGUGUAGCCGUUUCUGGAAAUAACAUCUGGUCGCUCAAAACCAAAGGGUUGUCUGGUGAUCGUUGUAACCGUUUAAUUCAGGGGGUCUCCAAACUUUUCAGCCCGAGGGCCGCAUGUACUGUCAAACAGCAUUUCUGGGGGGGGGGGGGGGGGGGGGGGGGGGGGAGGGCAACUACACACUCGAGGCCCACAUAAAAAAGAAUCAAAACAUGGAUGUUGUUUUUAAUUAUUUAUGUGAUAUUAUUUCAUUCAGAUAUUAUUUAAGAACACAUUGAUACACUACACAUGAACACCUGUAUCAGUGGGAAUGGGGAAAUCGUUUCCUGGAUGCCGCAAUCGCAGACAUUUCUGGCUUUCGAUUUGAUGUGCUUAACAUCAACAGUGACCUGAGAUGAUCAUCGGACAAAUGUGUUCUCAAAUUGUUCAUCACGUAUUUCGUUCGUGAAAAUGUUUGUUCACCCAGGUAUGUUGUUCCAAAGAUCGGAAGGUACAUUGAUGAAAAAGUUUUGACAUUAGGAAAGUCUUACUUGGGCGAAAACUGGUAAAAACCCACCAGUCCCUCUUGAACUUUUCCCCAAGGAGGUCAUUUGCUUGCAACUCAAUGACCUCCAGCUGCAGUUCAUCUGGUCAACUGGCCACAUCUGCUUCAAAUGGGUUUUGAAACAGUCUCACUUCUUCUGCCUUUGAAUCCAAGUCAGAAAACCGCUGCUGACACUGCAGCUGGAGGUCUUUGAUGAUCUCGCAUGCAAAUGACGUGGAGAACUCCGUUGUUGAUUCAGCCAUGAAGACCUUGCACUGCUGAAAGUGCGUCGAGUUCUUGGCCUGUACUUGUUCCAAAAACAAGACGAGUUUGGAUCUGAAGGCGUUUAGCUGUAUGUAUAUAGAUCAGAAAGUAGAUUUUCCUCUCCUUGUAAUUUUAGUUUAAGAAAAUUUAAAUGAUUAGUUAUGUCUGCAGCAUAUGCCAAGUUCCAUACCCACUCUUUAUCAGACAGUAAUGGCUGUGGCUUGCCUUUAUUUUCCAGGAAGUCACGUAUUUCCUCACGACUUAGCCACCUCAUUGCUGUGUAAUUCGGGUCAGUCUUGUGAUACUGUGUCGGAUAAGUAUUUACGCAAAGAAAAUUAACACUAAAUAAAAUGUUUCGCAAUCAGACGCUAACUGACACCAACACCUUUUCAUCGCAGCAGUCAACCGCAACUGGCAAACCCUAAUCAAAAUAGUCUUGAGGAAGCAGCGAACCAUUUAAAAACUCAGCCACUAGAUGGCGUUAUAUCAUCUCAUUGACUGUGAAAUGCGCGCCUCUAGUUUAAUUCGGUACAAAAAUAACGUCCACGUAAGUGGCGGCUGAUCUUGGCAGGAGACACGUACAUUUCCGUAAUUUUGUCCGUAGACAAAAAAGUCUCCGUGGGCCGGAUAAGAGGGCCGCAUGCGUAGUUUGGAGACCCCUGGUUUAAGUGAAUGCUACUAUCGUCCCCGAACCACACAUUCAUAAAAAACGAUGGACUCUCGUACACUUUAGCCAAAAGUGAUCCACAAUACAUCAUGCUGGCUCGCAUAUCUGGCUCUGUCAAGCGUUGUACAACCUGUAUCCGGUACGAACAUGUACUUAGACAGACGGAAAACAGAUGAAUCGCCGAUGUCCAGUUUCAAAGAUGUGUGGCUUCAAAGAUGUAUCGUUUCAGAUGCUCAGUUUCAAAUAUGUGUAGUUUCAAAGAUGUAACGUUUCAGAUGCUUAGUUUCAAAGAUGUUCGUCGUAGGGGCGAGCUCAUUUAAUCUGCUACAGAACACGUGCGUGAUUCUCAUUUGUCUAAACCGUUACUGGCUGAUCAGUCUUACCCAUCCGUUGAGACAGUACACUUCCUAGAACGGCGAGAUUUCCUAACAAGGACAGCAUAACCACGCUACUUGUGUAUCUUAUUAAAUUUUUCUCUGAAUUUCUCUGCCACCUUUUUCAAACUGCGGGGCCCCUUUCACGCCCAGUUCCGUAUGAGCGAAAAUAGUACUCAACUACGUCAAUAUUGGUUCCUCCAUAGACAUACCCAUUUCCCACAACUGCCCAACACAACUUCCUUGGCGCCCCAGGGCACCACGUGACGGAUGGAACUAUGCACCGUUGACAGACGCAUGCACGCGUUCAAGACGCGGCAGUUUCAGUACUGUUACUUUGACGCAUGGUGUACUUAUUUUGACGAGAGGGGCAUUGGUUCCUUAAGACUUACCUAGACCCUCCCAACCUUUUGAACCGCGUCGUUAGCUUCAAUCGCACAACUGAGCACUUGUUAAACAAAAAUAUGGAUCAUAUGACACGAGAGAAUAAUUUUACAAGAGAAAACGUAAUUAAUUUGUUUAGCUGUCUCAUACACUCUAACUAAACCACUUGUUACUGUUCAGCUGUCUCACACACUCUUUAACUAAACAAACCACUUGAUACUGUUCAGCCGUCUCAUACACUCUCUAACUAAACCACUUGAUACUGUUCAGCUGUCUCAUACACUCUCUAACUAAACAAACCACUUGAUACUGUUCAGCUGUCUCAUACACUCUCUAACUAAACAAACCACUUGAUACUGUUCAGCUGUCUCAUACACUCUAACUAAACCACUUGUUACUGUUCAGCUGUCUCAUACACUCUCUAACUAAACAAACCACUUGAUACUGUUCAGCUGUCUCAUACACUCCCUAACUAAACCUCUUGAUACUGUUCAGCUGUCUCAUACACUCUCUAACUAAACCACUUUUACUGUUCAGCUGUCUCAUACACCCUCUAACUAAACAAACCACUUGAUACUGUUCAGCUGUCUCAUACACUCUAACUAAACCACUUGUUACUGUUCAGCUGUCUCAUACACUCUCUAACUAAACAAACCACUUGAUACUGUUCAGCUGUCUCAUACACUCUCUAACUAAACCACUUGUUUCUGUUAAGCUUUCUCAUACACUCUCUAACUAAACCAUUUAAAAUAACCUACACUGUUUCUUUGUCAUAAUCGACCUUCGUCUGCGGUACUUAUAUUUUCUUCUUCCUACAAACAUACAAUUACAAACCUAGGUGAAUUUACCAAGUGAAUUGACAUUAACAAAGUCAAUAAGUUUUCAUUGUCACCCCCCCCCCCCAAUGUAACAGAUUUUAGCCAAAGCUCUGGCCAGACUCAAGCAGCCCAAGUAUGAGAGCGACGAUACAACUGGGGGUAAGAAUGAACCUCUGUCAAUCAGUAUUAUAUGAUGACGUAACUGUAUAAUUAAUGAUUAUAUGAUGAUUUGCUAAUACUGGAUGAACCUAUUAUACGAUAGCAUGACUACAAGAUAAAAUAAUUAUUUUAUCCAUAAUUGUAUCAAUAAAGAUUAUUCGAUUAGAUGACUAUACAAUAUGUAUGUGUCAGAAAGAUACAGCUGUUAAGGAUUUGACUCGUCCACUGUGUGUCGCAUUUAAAGAUAUGAUCUUGACCCUCUGUUCCAAGAUUACCUGGGCACCGAGUACAACGAGUCGGGGGAGGAUGACCAGAAGACCGAGGACAUGGAGCAACUCAUCUCCAAGGCGCUGCUCAGACUUAAGCUGGACCAAAGUGUUGCAUCCAGCAGUAGGCCUGUGUUAAGUGAGUAGGGCAUUUAACACAUAGAUCAGUAGGCCUGUGUGCAGUGAGUAGGUCAUGUACACUUACAAAAUUAGACCUGUUUUAAGUGAGUAGGUCAUGUACACAUACAUCAGUAGGCCUGUGUUAAGUGAGUAGUAAAUGUACACUUACAAAAUUGGACCUCUGUUAAGUGAGUAGGCCAUGUACACAUACAUCAGUAGGCACCUGUUAAGUGAGUAGGAAAUGUACACAUACCAGUAGGCCUGUAUUAAGUGAGUAGGAAAUGUCUACUUACAAAAUUGGACCUCUGUUAAUUGAGUAGGUCACGUACACAUACAUCAGUAGGCCUGUGUUAAGUGAGUAGGAAAUGUACACUUACAAAAUUGGACCUGUGUUAAGUGAGGAGGUCAUGUACACAUACAUCAGUAGGCAUGUGUUAAGUGAGUAGGAAAUGUACACUUACAAAAUUGGACCUCUGUUAAUUGAGUAGGUCAUGUACACACACAUCAGUAGGCCUGUAUUAAGUGAUUAGGUCAUGUACACAUACAUAAGCAGACCUGUUUUAAGUGAGUAGGUCCUGUACACAUACAUAAGUAGGCCUGUAUUAACUUAGGUCCUGUACACAUACAUCGGUAGGCCUGUGUUAAGUAAGUCAUGUACAUAUAUAACAGUAGGCCUGUGUUGAGUGAGUAGGUCCUGUACACAUACAUCAGUAUACCCGUGUUAAGUUUUUUGUUGUUUUUUUUUUUUUGGUUGCAAACUGUGAACAAAACCAGAAUUCCAUUUUGACGUAGUCCUUAACUAAGGUAGACAACAACGCAUGCAUUUAUUCAGAUCAGAUAAUAAUCAGAGUUACAUCCCCUGUAUAAUAAACCCAUUUAAAUCUGCCUUUCAUUUGACCUACAACAGAAACAGAUAUUCACGGACUGGUCCGAAAUGCACCGGCCGAUGACAUUGACUCCUGUAAGUACCCACUUGUGUGCUUAGUGCUUGUACUUUAAUACUGCGUCACGCCCACGUCAAUACAAUGAAAUCAUGCAACUCCAGGAAUGUUGUGUUUUGUUGUUUGUAAAUAAUUAUUUAUUUGACAAUUGUUCCAAAAGUUAACCCUCAAGUUUUGUAAAAAUGUCUAUACUUUUUUUUCUUGAUUUCUUGGCUACUACUACUAACCCCUUACCCUGCACUCCUGACCAAAGGGUUGGUUCCCUGCACUCCACCUGACCAAAGUGUUGGUUCCCUGCACUCCUGACCAAAGAGUUGGUUCCCUGCACUCCACCUGACCAAAGUGUUGGUUCCCUGCACUCCUGACCAAUGAGUUGGUUCCCUGCACUCCACCUGACCACUGUGUUGGUUCCCUGCACUCCUGACCAAAGGGUUGGUUCCCUGCACUCCACCUGGCCAGCGUGUUGGUUCCCUGCAAUCCACCUGACCAAAGUGUUGGUUCCCUGCACUCCACCUGGCCAAAGUGUUGGUUCCCUGCACCCCACCUGACCAAAGUGUUGGUUUCCUGUACUCCUCCUGACCAAAGUGUUGGUUCCCUGCACUCCACCUGAACCAGCGGGUUGGUUCCCUGCACCCCCCCUGACCAAAGUGUGGUUUCCCUGCACUCCACCUGACCAGAGGGUUGGUUCCCUGCACUCCACCUGUUCCACCUGACCAAAGUGUUGGUUCCCUGCACUCCACCUGACCAAAGGGUUGGUUCCCUGCACUCCACCUGACCAAAAUGUUGGUUCCCUGCACUCCACCUGACCAAAAUGUUGGUUGCCUGCACUCCACCUGACCAAAAUGUUGGUUGCCUGCACUCCUCCUGACCAACGUGUUGGUUCCCUGUACUCCACCUGACCAAAGCGUUGGUUUCCUGCACUCCACCUGACCAAAAUGUUGGUUCCCUGCACUCCACCUGACCAAAAUGUUGGUUGCCUGCACUCCUCCUGACCAAAGUGUUGGUUCCCUGCACUCCUCCUGACCAACGUGUUGGUUCCCUGCACUCCACCUGACCAAAGUGUUGGUUCCCUGCACUCCACCUGACCAAAGGGUUGGUUCCCUGCACUCCACCUGACCAAAAUGUUGGUUCCCUGCACUCCACCUGACCAAAAUGUUGGUUGCCUGCACUCCUCCUGACCAAAGUGUUGGUUCCCUGCACUCUUCCUGACCAACGUGUUGGUUCCCUGCACUCCACCUGACCAAAGUGUUGGUUCCCUGCACUCCACCUGACCAAAGUGUUGGUUCCCUGCACUCCACCUGACCAAAGUGUUGGUUCCCUGCACUCCACCUGACCAAAGUGUUGGUUUCCUGCACUCCACCUGACUAAAGUCUAUUCGUUGUUCAAAGAAGUCUUGAAGCUGACUUACGGAUAUAUUAUUGACUACUCAACUCAUCUUAACAUCCUGGGAUUUCUUUCAGUAUAUUCACAGGCGUAGCUAAUGUUAAGAAAGAAUGGCUUGUAUACCACAUCCAGAAUGGCUUUUUAACACAUCAAGAAUGUCUUGUAUACCACAUCAAGAAUGGCUUGUACACCACAUCAAGAGUGGCUUGUAUACCUCAUCCAGAAUGGCUUUUUAACCACAUCAAGAAUGUCUUGUAUACCACAUCAAGAAUGUCUUUUAUACCACAUCAAGAAUAGCUUGCAUACCACAUCAAGUAUGGCUUGUAUACCACAUCAAGAAUGGCUUUUAUACCACACCAAGAAUGGCUUGUAUACCUUAUCAAGAAUGGCUUGUAUACCACAUCAAGAAGGGCUUGUAUACCACAUCAAGAAGGGCUUGUAUACCACAACAAGAAGGGCUUGUAUACCUUAUCAAGAAUGGAUUUUUUACCUCUUGGUGCAUGUUCAAUGUUAGCAAUACGCUAGAUACUCCACUAACUAGGUGUGAACCAUUAAAAAAAAAAGCAACAACAAAACCAACACCACAAAACAGCCCAAUUGAGCAAUGACAUGAUAGCAUUAGCCUAAAUAUAUUGUGAUGUCUUGUUUUCUCUCGUCAAUCAGUGAACCCCUCGGUGCAGAAGACAAGAAAUGACUUACUUAGAAAGGAAGGUACGUAGGACCAACAUGUUUUUUUUUGUGUGUUUUUUUUUGGGGGGGGGGGGGGGGGUCAAGUAAGUGUAUAACUAUAGCAUGAUGUGACUGUAGUCUUUGUAGACGAUCAAGAUACUUAUCUUGAAAUGAACCAGUUAAUCCUGCCAAUUGAUGGCGGGCACCAUACGUCAACUUCCCAUCUACUUAAGGUACUUGACAAAACACACAUUCAAGGAAUGCACUUUAUAAGAAUCCCAAUUAUUUCUACCCUCCUCUCUCCUGUACGCCAGCACCCCUGAACUAUAUUAAUGUUCUAAUGUCCGACCCCUUUUACACCGCAGAUUUAUUACACCAAGGGGUCGUUCGCAAAUUACGUCACGCAAAAAAUGACCUUUUUUAGACCCCCCUCCCCCUCCUGUCACAAAGUGUCACAACUUCUUUAAUCCCCCCCCCCCACACACACACGCACACUCCAGUGUCUCACGUCACGCCUAAGAACAUCAAAAGAAACAUAAAAUGUGCAUAACUAAAUUAAGAUUUGAUUUUAUUCUGUAACAUUUUCCCAAUAAUGGAUUAAGACAGGCCUGCACAAUUCAAAGUGUAAGGCGAGCCGUAAUGCGUUAUGAAAAAAAUUUGCGGUCCGUAUUACUUAAUGAAAAACGUGUGCGGGCCAAAAGAUAACAGGAUAGGUCCGGAAGCUAUUAAGAAAUUAUAAUAAUAAAGAAUAUUUCGUUACUCCGCGGGCCGCAAAGUGGGUGCUGGCGGGCCGUAUGUAGUGCGGGCCUGGAUUCAAAUGUAGUAUUAUUAGAAAACUGUGACGUGAAACAAAGACAAGAUCCCCACGCCGAAUGGAAAAUGGCCACAACGGUUUUUGUCGAGAUCCACAGAAGGUGGGCACGCCUGAGGUUCACGGUACCUAGAAUUCCGGAGGCAAUUUCGACCUCAAAUUCAUGUCUUUAACAUUAAUUGAAUGGACAUUUUUUCAUAAUUAGAAAACAUAAAAUUAAAAAAAAUCCCCCCUUUCACAAAGUGUCACAAAUUCUCGACCGUGACGUAAUUUGUGCCCCCCCCCCACCACGACCUUUCCAUCAAACAAAAGACCGUAUGUUGUGUAGGCCUAGGUCAGAGAGUCUACCAGAGUGACAGAGAGUGGCCCGCGGACCGUAUGUUGUGUAGGCCUAGGUCAGAGAGUCUACCAGAGUGACAGAGAGUGGCCCGCGGACCGUCUGUUGUGUAGGCCUAGGUCAGAGAGUCUACCAGAGUGGCAGAGAGUGGCCCGCGGACCGUAUGUUGUGUAGGCCUAGGUCAGAGAGUCUACCAGAGUGACAGAGAGUGGCCCGCGGACCGUAUGUUGUGUAGGCCUAGGUCAGAGAGUCUACCAGAGUGACAGAGAGUGGCCCGCGGACCGUAUGUUGUGUAGGCCUAGGUCAGAGAGUCUACCAGAGUGGCAGAGAGACCUCGUUUUAGCCACCUUUCUCACUUCUUUAUACAGAACGAAAUGUUGGCUAUUUACGGUAUUUUUAAAAAGGGGCUUCAUGGAUUUUAAAUGUUAUAUAAUCUAAAUCUGAUCUUAAAACGUGUAAAUGUCACGUAUAUGACACGUAUAUGACUCGUGUUUCAAACGUGUAUAACACGUACAUAAUACAUAUAUGACACGAAUAUGACGCGUAUGUGACACGUCUAUGACACGUCUCUAACACGUGUCUAACUUGUUGUCCCCAGCCAUCAGGACGGUAGAGGACAGGCUCGUUCAAGAUGUCGCCCUCAUCAACAAGCUCGGAAUGACUGUGGAGGAAGUCAUGCAAGAUUUGAAAGAGAAAUGUAGGUAGCCAAUGGAAAUGCAAAUGUAGGCAGCGCAUUGAAACAAAAUAAUUUAGGUAGCGAUUUUGGUAUGGUUUGGAGGGAAGGCGGUGGUUGCUAUAGACUCUGUUGGUGGUGACCAUUACCAUAUCGUAUCAACCUUGUGACAGAUCGUACCAACCUUGUGACAUAUCGUACCAACCUUGUGACAUAUCGUACCAACAUUGGGACAUAUGGUACAAACCUUGUGACAUAUUGUACCAACCUUGUGACAUAUCGUACCAACCGUGUGACAUGUCGUACCAACCUUGUGACAUGUCGUACCAACCUUGGGACAUAUCGUACCAACCUUGGGACAUAUCGUACCAACCUUGUGACACAUCGUAUCAACCUUGGGACAUAUCGUACCAACCUUGGGACAUAUUGUACCAACCUUGUGACAUAUCGUACCAACCUUCUGACAUAUCGUACCAACCUUGUCACAUAUCGUACCAACCUUGUGACAUAUCGUACCAAACUUCUGACAUAUCGUACCAACCUUGUCACAUAUCGUACCAACCUUGUCACAUAUCGUACCAACCUUGUGACAUAUCGUACCAACCUUGUGACAUAUCGUACCAACCUUGUCACAUAUCGUACCAACCUUUGGACCAGAGCCGGCCUUAGGCCACUGCAACCUAUGCGGCCCCAGUGGGCCCCGCGCUAAUUCUAGGUGUAAAUUAUUAAAUUAAACCAUUAUAACUUAUAAUCAUAUAUAGGUCAGCGUGUUUAUUCUGUUUUUAUGUUUGUACAGUGUUUUUUAAUCUAAUACGUCGUUGUUUCAAGUGAUUACGACUAGUCAAUAAAAUUGAAAAAAAAAUUGUAGCUGCUCGGUGCUUUAUCUCUAAACUGGUCCUUGAGGGGAACUUGGGGUAAGAUGUAACAGAAACCGUUCAUAAUCCUUUACAGUCCAAGCCUAGUCAGCCUGGUCUACUCCCAGCAACCAAGCAAAGGGACAUAACUCCAUUUUAAAUGAAGGUUCUUUAAUUAAGUUACAGAAAAUAAACCAUAAGCAAGAAAAAAAAAUAGAAAAAAAAAUACCUAAAUGCAAAGAAAUGAUGAAAGCAAAAGUUGGACCAAAAAAAAAAAAACAACAGUUUCAGGGACCCCUCCGACUUUGAUUUGAGAACAAUUCCCAGACCACUCAUGAAACUUGCUGAUCAGUUGGUGUGGAACUGAUAGGUCCGUUGUCAUCGAUGUCGCCACUAUUACUAUUAUCUUCUUCACUUGAAUCACUAUUGCUAGUAGCAUCAACGCUCGUAAAGUAAAGUUAAUUUGAUCGUGAUUUUGUACUUAGCAAAGAAUGAAUAAAAUACAAAGAUUAAUUUAUUUUCUAAUACAAAAUCUUAAUUUUCACUUAUUAUCCUUAUCUCUAACCAGGCUGGGCCCCGCGCAAUCCGUUUCGCAUUAGGGCCCCGCAAUUGUUAGGGCCGGCCCUGGCUGGUGGGUGGGGGUAGUUUAUGGAUCUGGACACCCUUGUUGCCGUCAAGAUAAAAAACAACAACAUGUAAUGACUCAAACCCGAUUAGAUUUUAUUUCUGUUCAGGAAAGCGCAGCAUUAUAUAGUGUUCAAAGAAUAGCUAAGGUUGGACCACCGCCCCUGUAAAAUAGUCACAACCAUUUACAACAACAACAACAAAGAUAGCGUCGCAUUGACGAGGCCUAGACGAGGCAUAUUAAAAAAAUUUGGCGAUAACAAAUAUGCAUCAACACAGCGCUACUCCAAAGAACUCAGCAGAAAGAAAGAGCAUAUAAAGCCUUUAUCCGUCCGAUUUUAGAUUAUGCAUCUUCAGUCUGGGACCCAUUUACCCAGAAGAGCAUUGACAAGUUGGAGGCGGUCCAGCGACGAGCAGCACGUUUUGUCCUAAACCGCUACAGGAAUACCUCUAGUGUUGGCAGCAUGCUAGAAACACUAGGCUGGUCACCAUUGGAGAAACGACGACGACAAUCCAGACUCUCCAUGAUGUACAAGAUAAAUAAUGGGCUGGUCCACUGUUCCAGUAUUAAACAGAAACUCGUCCCUCUCCCCCAUAGACAGCGACGAGGCCAUGACAGGCAAUUCAGGCUCAUACCAGCAAGAAGCCAGUAUAGGAGCUGCUCGUUCCUGCCCAUGACAAUCAGGGACUGGAACCAUCUUUCAAAAGGAACAGUUGAGGCGACAACACUAGACACAUUUGUGUCUAUUGCCUUAAGCCUUCAAACCCCUAGUGCAUAAUUUCCUCAUCACCACCAGUAACAGAAACAUUGCAAAUCCCAUCUACAUGCAUAGGAGUAACAGUUGAGGCGACAACACUAGACACAUUUGUGUCUAUUGCCUUAAGCCUUCAAACCCCUAGUGCAUAAUUUCCUCAUCACCACCAGUAACAGAAACAUUGCAAAUCCCAUCUACAUGCAUAGGAGCCAAAAUGAUCAAUAAAUUGAUCGUGGGCCCUUAAGAUAUAGAAGAAGAAGAAGAGAAGUCAGAGUUGCUAGCUAUUGCCCGCAUAACAAAUGACGUCAGCGAUGCGUCAACUUCCCAUCCACUAAAGUUACUUGACAAAACAUACAUUCAAGUAAAACACUUUACAAGAAUCCUUAUCAGGGCUACCCCCACCCCCUGCCUCGGUACACCACAACCCCCUGAACCAUGUCAUAAUGUGAGUCCCACCCAAGGAGAUUUAAUUUAAUCGCACAAAACGCACUUGCGAUAUUUUCAAGUAUCUGACUUAGGGCAGUUAUCGGGAUUUUCUUAAUGAGUACAUUCAGCGCCAGCUAGUAGCAUUUGUGACAUCAUUUUGACAUUAAGAUAAUUAUGUAUCAGAGUUAUAAUUAUCAAUAAUUCGAAGAUAGAUCCUUUCAAAAAAAUAAUUUAGCUAUUUAAUUUUAUAUUUAGCAUUUAUUAUUUUUAAAUUUAAAUCCUAAUAUUACUGUAGUUUUUCCAUCUACGGCUGAAGUGGUGGAACACGACAAUAGCGAACACAGUUAGUGUAUAGUUGGAAGCCCCACGUAAAUAACACUGAUAGGACAUUUGGUGAGAGAUUAUUGUGGCCGAGAAACAGCCAAGAGGUGAUAACAAGUUGACAGAUUAGCUCGUUCUUGAUACAGGCACACACAUAUUGACCAUCAAGAGAUUCAGUCGUAUGACUUGCGUGUCAAGAGAUGGCGACUUGUUGAUUGAACGGAUUCAACUUUCGUGUCACAUGAUCCUAAAAAUAGCAUGACGGAGGACAGUCACGAGAUCAUGACCUCUUGGGUCUGGACCAAUCAUAAUUGUAAUAAUCGCUCAAAUCGUUACAAAAAUUAUAACUAUUUUGUCUGAGAAUAACUAACCAAUCAGCCCGCUCCAUUCUACAGUGUGGAAAGGUUACUCAGCUGGUUGGCCUUGUGCUGCAGUGUCUAGUCAUUGCUGACAACUAAACGGGCACGAGAUAGGACCUUUUGAGUGAAAACACAACAUUGAUUGCAUCUUUUGCUUUCCAGCAAUGUCAGAAGAUCACGUGGAGCUCAGUGGAUGAGAUAUUUGUAACCAAUUAUGUAAUGUGUUUCAAAAAAACUUUGCUUUGACUGUAAUUUUUUGACUGGAUUGAUGACCUUGACGGGUCAGAUAUCGUCCAAAGACCGUGGAUUGGACAGCACUGACCUAGGAUCUAGUUUAAUAUUCUAUACUGACCCCCCCCCCCGGCAAAAAAAAAAAAAGAUGUCUUCACUNCUUUGCUUUGACUGUAAUUUUUUGACUGGAUUGAUGCCCUUGACGGGUCAGAUAUCGUCCAAAGACCGUGGAUUGGACAGCACUGACCUAGGAUCUAGUUUAAUAUUCUAUACUGCCCCCCCCCCCCCGGCAAAAAAAAAAAAAAGAUGUCUUCACUUUAAGUCUAUGUAUAAUCCAAUAAUGCAGUAAUUUCUUACCCAAUAAUACAUGCACCAUUCCGAUAUUGUCAACGAAUUAAUUUGUUUUAGGUGGAUUUGAUAGUUAGGUCAGAAUGAAACCAACUGCUGCCUCCUUUGUUCUGCCUGAAACUGUUUCUUUUCUUAAAUGGUCAACACGAUGGCCUACUUUGGUUCAACGCUCUGAGGUCAGUUGUUAGCAAACCUCCACAAAAUUACGAUCAAAUUAACGUUACUUUACGAGCCUUGCGUGUAGCCAAGUCAUACAGUACAUCAUAAAAAUUCUGUUCCCUACAUUAGAUCACGCUCAAUAGCAAGAAUUGCCAAAUUGUUCAAUCUAUCUUCGGGAAUUGUUGACCUCAAGUAAUUCUUGAUUAGGAGGCGCGAGAAGCUUCUUUCACCAGAUGCCACAGUUACGGGUAUUGUUAAAACUAUUCUGAGUGCAACAAAGUAGUUUGGGAAGCAGUGUAUCUUUCAUUAGUGGACAGAUAAGCCAACAAUUUCUACCGGGGUAUUGGCGUCAUUUGGUAGAAUAUGUCCUAAAGAUUCCAUUUCAUCUGCUAAUUCUCGCCCACAUAUAUCUGCGGACUGGUCUGUUGAUGACGUCAAUGCUAAAAACCUAAAAACAGAAUAAACACGCUGGCUGACCUGUACAUGAUUAUAAGUUAUAAUGGUUUAAUUUAAUAAUUUACACCUAGAGUUAGCGCGGCCUAUGAAAGUGCGGGGCCCAUUGCGGCCGCAUAGGUUGCAGUGGCCUAAGGCCGGCCCUGCCGCCAGCUACGACCCGGACUUGUGUUAAAUUGUAAAGGGAUAUUUUUUGAACGAGGGUAGACUUCCAUUACCUAACUCCGGUAUACGUUUUGGUAUUUUAAAAUAAAGUAAACCCAGAGAACCCGAAAUUACACCUUUAGCUACGCCACUGGCCGUGACCCCUCUUCUCAUAAACUAGUCUCAGUGUCUAGGGGAAAACGUACCGGUAUCGAAAUAUCGUGAAAGUUAAAAACCUGAUCUACAUUUGUAAAGUCAAAUGACCGCAACUCCUGUUUAAAAUUUAAGUAAUGAAAUCCAUUGGUUCCCUCAGUUUGGUCUGACCUCAAGUGUCUUCCUAUCGUUCACUGCUACUUUUAUCUUGAGACAUUUCUCUAUCAAUGAAUAACGUCAUCGUACCUGUGGCUUAAUGCGUCUUGUACAAUAACUUUACUUUGCAUUUGUAGACAGAAGAUUGGUCAAUUGUGAGACUUGCUCAGUCUGAAGAUCCGCCUGCCGUUGAUUUAAGAGGAAUAAAUGGACAGUUAGUUUAUAUCCCCCAAAUCCCACCACGCCACUUCUCCCAGUUCUCCCACCUAAACCAAGCUUAAUUCCCACCUGUUUCAAUCUGUCGUUUCAGUGAAGAGAGAGCAGAAACUUUCGCAGAUUGAAGGUGAGCUUGACAAGCUGGCUCAACAAAGAUUGGACUAACCAACAGCUGCAACACUCACAGGCAUUCUCAAACUACGAUAUCCCACCCGCUCCGAAAUCCCGCCCCCUCCCACAUCCCGCCUACUCCAACAUCCCGCCCCCUCCAACACUACGCCCCCCCAACAUCCCGCCUACUCCAACAUCCCGCCAACUCCAACAUCCCGCCUACUCCAACAUUCCGCCCCCUCCAACAUUAUGCCCCCCCCCC